AUGGCUGCCAUCAUCCAAAAACCAGCUCCAUCUUUCAAGAAGACCGCCGUCGUUGACGGUGUUUUCGAAGAAGUUUCUUUGGAACAAUACAAGGGCAAGUGGGUCUUGUUGGCCUUUAUCCCAUUGGCCUUCACUUUUGUUUGCCCAACCGAGAUUAUUGCCUACUCCGAGGCUGCCAAGAAGUUUGCUGACAAGGACGCUCAAGUCUUGUUUGCUUCCACCGACUCUGAAUACUCUUUGUUGGCCUGGACUAACGUUGCCAGAAAGGAUGGUGGUUUGGGCCCAGUCAACAUCCCAUUGAUUGCUGACACCAACCACUCCUUGUCUAAGGACUACGGUGUGUUGAUCGAAGAAGCUGGUGUUGCCUUGAGAGGUAUCUUCUUGAUUGACCCUAAGGGUGUCUUGAGACAAAUCACCAUCAACGACUUGCCAGUCGGUAGAUCUGUUGACGAGUCCUUGAGAUUGCUUGAGGCCUUCCAAUUCACUGAGAAGUACGGUGAAGUGUGCCCAGCCAACUGGCAAGAGGGUUCUGAGACCAUCAAGCCAGACGUGGUCAAGUCCAAGGAGUACUUUGGUAAGGUCAACAAGUAA